AUGGACGACAUCUCUCUAGAGAGAAUCGAGAUUUCAGGUCCAACAUUGGCGUCGCUGAUUCAACGUGUGUCCUCUUCUCCCGCUGACGUCGAUGGCUUGAUCUUCGGUCAAAUCCAUCGAAUCGUCUCAACUAACCUAUCCGACGAUUCUCCGGCGGAAUCGUCCGCCUCCAGUUCCUCAUCUGAUCAAAUUGUCGCCACCGUUACAAGCUUUAUCUGCUCUGGUAAAACCGUCUCCUUCUAUGAUUUGCUUGGCCGAGUUGACUCGCGUCGGGUCGACUCCCUCCGAGUCGCCUCGCCUGACCGCCUGCUUGGCUGGUUCUCCUCCCGCAGAAAAACCGCCAACCGUCCCUCCAUGCGAGAGUUAGCCGUCGCGUCGUCUCUCUCAUCUCAAUUUCACAUACCGAUCGAGGACUCGGAAAACCCCAGAUCGACGAACAUGGCUUCCUGCGUGUUCUUCCUUCUUACUACGCCGUCGACAGAGCAGUUAAUCCAUACGCACGAGUACCGUGCGUACCAAUUCCGCUCCUCGAACCAACGGCUCGAACCGAGAUCUCUCGGCAUAGUCAACAUCGGACCGGCGUUUCGCGGCCAUUACGGCUCGUUUAGUCCGAAAUCGGGAUUUCCAUCGUUGAUCUGCGAGUUGAAUAGCUCGGCCAUGAACGAGGACCGGGACGAAGGGUCUUUAAGUGCGAAGAAACAAGCAAUGAAGGAUCAGAAGGAGAUGGAUGCAUUAGCAGAUGGGUUACAAGUGGAAAACUUGAAACGUUUGGUUGGAGCUGAAGCUGCGAACUAUACAGGCGGGAUUGAAGAAAUGUAUGAGAGAAUGCUGGCGAAGGUCGAGAGCUUGGCUUCGGAGGUUGAGAAGAGCUCGGCUAGGGUACUUGAACUGGUACAAAGCCUUCUUCAAUCUAAGAAUUCAUCAAUUCAAGUUUUGAUAAUCAUAAUCGGAAGUGGAGAUACCGAUUUGCAAGAAUCGAUCGAUGAAGCUUCUCCUGUGUUCCUGUUUUUUGGCUCCAGACUGUUUCCUAGUUAA